AGUCUGAAACGACAACGCAAAGGCAAAGGUUCAUAAAAAACCGGUGCGCGGGAAAUUAAAAAAAAACGGCAAAAAUACUUGCAGUUCUAUUAACAUAAAAACACGAAUAACAACGAAUCUCAAAGCAAAAUGAGUUGUGGAAUCUCUAUGGUUAAAUAUAUAUUAUUUAUAUUCAAUUUGCUGUGUUCGAUAUGCGGCAUAUUAUUGAUAGUUUUUGGAGCCUUGCUCUUCAGCAAUGUCCAUAAUAUAGAUGACUUUGCCGAGGCCGUGCGCACUCAGCAAGUGCCCAUUACGAUGAUUGUAUUGGGCACGGUUAUAUUACUGAUCUCCUGGUUUGGAUGCUGUGGAGCCAUUCGGGAAUCCUACUGCAUGUCCAUGACGUAUUCCAUUUUGCUAUUCGUUUUGAUGGUCGGACAAUUGGUAUUGGUUGUCUAUAUUUGGGUACAAAAGGAUAGAUAUCUACAGAUCAUGGGUGAUGUGGUCGAAAAGGCUUGGGAUCGUCGUACACGUCGUGCCGACUAUAUGGAUGCCAUUCAGAUUAGUAUGGAGUGCUGCGGACGCAACAAUUUCUCUGAUUAUGCUUUCCAGGGUUAUUUCCCACCAUCCUGUUGCAAGGAUACCAACAAUUGUCGCCAAGAGACCGUCUACCGUCGUGGCUGCAAGGCGGCCUUUGUUGAUUUCUGGGAUCGUAACAGUGAUAUUCUCAAGUGGUCCGGUCUGGUAGUUGCAGCCAUUGAGUUUGUCGGCUUUGUAUUUGCCUGUUGUCUGGCGAAUAGCAUUCGAAACUAUAGACGACGUGCGGAUUAUUAAAGAACGUAUCAUAUGAAUCUUCAUUAAUUUAAAAAAACACUGAAACUGAAAGUACGAAUUAUGUUGCCCAACCUUUUUUUUUACACAUUUAUAUAUAUAGAAAAGAGAUUUGUAUAUUAUUUAAUUCAGAAGGCCAUUUCAUACACAGAGUAUACAUAUUAUAUACUAUAUAUUACUUACAAUUUGAUUUGUUAAUUAUGUUUUUGUCAUACCAUGAGCAAUUUUCGAAAUACAUACAAAUAUAUAUACAUAUAUUUUACAAAAGUU